AUGUAUCAAAUUGGAGCAAAUUUGGUGAUCUUAUUUUAUAUUUCAAUGCUUCUCCUAAUGAUAACGAAUAUUUCAACUGAAACUAUUACAAAUGAAGCAAUGAUAAAUGAACAGAAUACCAAUACAAAUGGAAAUAUUUCAUUUUCAAAUCGAUCUAAGCGACAAUAUACUCAAAAUUGUCCAGCGGGAUGUUUCCCGAGUUGUUACACAAGCUCUCAAUGUCGGCAAGUUGCGCCACGAAUGAUGUGCAUUCAUGCAUGCUGCUGUCCAUCUACCGCCCCAAGUCAUGUUCAUCCGCCCAUUAAUCCCGGCAGCAUUAAUAUUUUCCCGUUCCCAUUACCCAUCGGACCACCAAGUCAACCAAAUAUUUUCAGUCUUUCAACAGCAUGCGAUGGUGGACCAGCGGUAGCCGCUUGUAUCAAUGGACUCUGUGGACAAGGUUUCUUCUGCAACAGCCGGGGUUUCUGUUGUCGAUGUGCUAGUGGCAAUUCUACCGGUCCAUGCGUUAAUAAUUUAUGUCCGGUUGGCUACUCAUGCAAUACCAACAAUUAUUGCUGUCCACUUGGUUCCGGUUCCGUACUUGGUCCUUGCAUCAAUAAUCAAUGUCCGAUAGGUUACGCAUGCGGUGCCGGUAAUUUAUGCUAUUUGGUUACAUCAAGUGGUUUAAAGAAACGAAAAUAA